UUUGAUCACUGUCAUCCUGCCUGGGUUUACUGCCUGCGGGCCUUUCAAUUCUAAGGGAAGGCAGGGAGGAGGGGGCACAUGAUAUUCCUAUGUCAGUGUCCACCAUGCAGUCUGAAUGUCAGAGGGACAUUGGAAGGAGAUCCCAGAAACUCUGGGCCCUGACCUGCAAAUCUCAGGGAGCGCUAGGGUCCACCUGGUCCAGUUUGGCCCCCGGGGCACCUUUGGUUUCAUCAUCUCCAGAGUGGACAUGCUUGUCUCCUUGCUCCAAGGAACAACGGAAUCCAGUCCCUCACAGAAACGACAUCACAGGACAACAGGGCCAGAGCACCCCAACAUUUAUCACCAGAUUCCGAAUCCGGUGAUCUGCCUAGCAGCUGGAGACGCGAUCCUCUUCCAGCUCCAUCUUCUUCCCCACAACAGGUCAGCCAGUCACUACCCGGUGUACCAGAGGCAGCACCUGCUGAACAGCAACUCCCACUGGGACUUCGGCGCCUUCAGGAGAUUAGGCCAUUUAGUCCGAGAGACAAAUCUCAGCCUCUCUAGGUUUGCCCAUCAGUUCCUAGAUCCAGGCACCUAUGUGCUUCAAGACAACGGACAGCCGGAGAACAUUGCAGUGGUGCUGGUGAAGGGGGAGGGGGCAGCUUGCGGUGCCGGCCUGUCUCCUGUGCAGCCCUCUUCUCCCUAUCAGCUUGGUAGGCUCGGGGUCCUCAGGCACAGGGAGCUGACCCUAGGCCCAGACUGGACAAUGAUCACAGGGGUGCUACUGGCUGCUGGCUUGGCAACAGCUCUGCUCACUGGCCUUGGCCUCCUUCUGAAACCUGCCAUGCCUCAGGCCUUGCCCACAAAGGCUUGGGAAUCUCAGUGGAGAAGCGUGGGGCGGCCUCAUACUCCUGCUGCCCUCCUGUCCUGUGAAUACCUUGGUCCUCAGGGCUCAGGGAAAGAAGCUGAUUCUAGGGAGAAGGAUGUGACUCGGGGUGCAGGGAAGCCACCCCAGGCCCUGACACUGGAGGACUUCAGUGUGCGCACGCUCUAUGACAAACUGGAGGACCAGAGCCUUCACCUAGCAUCUCAGCUAAGCAGGCACAGGAAGGAUGCAAUGGCCUUCUAUGAGGCUGCAAGCCAGCAGCUGCAGGGACUCCAGGACUUUCUGCAGGGCCUCAGCCAGCCAGAACUUCCAUCUCUGGUCAUGGUCAAACAGCCUGAGCCCUCAGGGGUCAAAGCCCAGGUGGAAUCAGUUACUGGGGAGAAGGGUGAAGCAAGGGCUAGUCACACUGCAGCAUCCCAGACAGGAUCCUGGCAGUUCGCUCCAGGUUAUACUCCAAGCAUUUCUCCCUUGGGAUUCCAGCCAGAGCUUAACAGAGCCAUCACUGCCCUGGCAUCUGCACUGUCUCAGGCACGUGUGUCACCAGUUGGGGCCAGCAGAAAGGCCUCUAGUCACUGUGAUGAGCAGCCUCACUCCACCAAUCAGAAGGACUCACCCAUGAUGGGACAGUCUCCAGUCCAUGACCAGGAUCCUCAGAGCAUAAGGCCCCAGCAGGCCCCAGAACCUUUCCAGCUCUCCCAGGAAGACACUAAAGGAGGGAAUGUUCAGACCCCAACUCCUGAGAAGUGGAUCCUUGGGGCCAGACUCAGACCUAGGCCUGAUGUUGACUUGCAGAAAAAGACAUGGCAAGUGGAAAAGGCGCUGGAUGAGCUGAAUGAGGAGUUCUUUUGGCUCAGUGCUCAAGCCUUGGAGCUCCAGAAAAAGGAUGGCAAACUGGACCAACUCCCUCUAGGUGAAGAGAACACCUCUAUGAGCACAGAGGCACUGAUGCUGGAAGUCCAAAGGAUCCACCUGGCUCAGAGGAUUGAGGAUUUGGAGUGGGAGCUCUCCCUGCUCCUCCAGUCUUCCACCAGCAGCUCAAGGGCAGAAGGGAGUCAAUUCAACUUCAGUGAUUGCCAGCAUGUUCCUGAGUCACCAAGGAUGCAAAGAUGGCCACCUGUAGGAUGUCCCUUCUACACCAAGGACACAACUACAUCACCAUGUUAGGAUGGAGUGGGUACCUGAGGCUGGGGCCUCUGAGUGGGUACCUGAAGCUGGGAUCUAUGCUGGUUUAGAGGUCCCUUUUUGAGAACACCCUGAUUUCUGCCAGGAGAUUACUUCAGUAUGUGCUAAGCUUUGAUUUGAUCUUUUGGGGUGAGAGAUGACUAAGUUUCCUAUGAUGAAAAAAAAUCAAUGAAUGCUCCCAGCAUCCCCUGUCUAAAGCACC